CCUCCUCUCACAUUGGAUUAUAGAGGAUUACCGUACACAGCCCGGGCAUUGUGCUGCCUCCUCCAUCCGUCUGUCUAUAGGGAACGUGUGAUCCCUCCUCCGGAGCUGUCAGUGUCCUCUACCCGACAUGGGGGAGAUCCCUAAUCUGGUGAAAAUCGCGGUCUCCCUUAAGAUCCAGCCCAAUGACGGCCCGGUGUAUUUUAAGGUGGACGGCCAGAGGUUCGGCCAGAACAGAACCAUCAAAUUAUUAACUGGAGCCAAAUACAAGAUCGAGGUCGUCCUUAAACCCGGAGCGGUGAGAGCCAAGACUAUAAAUUUAGGAGGAUUGGUCAUUCCCCUAGAAGAGAAAUCCAGAGACCCUCAGGUGGCUUGUUACACUGCCUUCUAUGAUACAGAGGGAGUGACCCACACCAAAAGUGGGGAGAGGCAACCCCUACAAGUCAUGAUCCAGUUUGAAGACAUUGGAAGCUUUGAGACCGUAUGGCAAGUGAAGUUUUACAACUACCACAAAAGAGAUCAUUGCCAAUGGGGCAACAGCUUCAGUAGUAUUGAAUAUGAGUGCAAGCCCAACGAGACCCGCAGCCUGAUGUGGAUCAACAAAGAGAUGUUCCACUGAAGCCUCCAAAGCUGGACAAUCUUCUGACGAGGACGCAACUUGACCAGCACAAUGAGCCUAUUAUACCACAAAGCAGAGUGUAAAUAACAGAUUAUGAGCCUAAAAACUACAAAAAAAAUAAAAAAUCAUUGCUAAUGUUUACUUGAGAUAAACCAAACCCCUUCUCCAGUGGUGGUGACAGUGUGCAAGAGAAGAACAACUUAUCAGUUUACUAUGGACUACUAAUAUUAUAGAGACUAGAUGCUUUGAGGUAGAGCUACAUAGCAACAAGAUAUCAUCCGUGAGUCAUGGUAAAAAUCAUGACAUCAGUGUUUCCCUAAGGGAAUUAAAAAAAUGAGCUACAAAACAAUCUGACCUCAAAUCAUGAGCAUCCUCUUGUUGCCAUGUAGCCAUGUCAUUGGUUCAGAGUGAACUGAUAAGCUGAAGGCCCUUAAAGGGGUACUCCACUGGAAAACAAUAUUUUUUUUUUAAAUCAACUGAUGACAGAAAGUUAAGCAGAUUUGUAAAUUACUUCUAUUUAAAAAUCUUAAUCCUUCCAGUACUUAUCAGCUGCUGUAUGCUCCACAGAAAGUUCUCAUCUUUUUGAAUUUCCUUUCUGUCGGACCACAGUGCUCUCUGCUGACACCUCUGACCAUGCCAGGAACUGUCCAGAGCAGUAUAGGUUUGCUAUGGGAAUGUGCUCCUACUCUGGACAGUUCCUAAAAUGGACAGAGGUGUCAGCAGAGAGUACUGUGGUGAGACAGAAAGGAAAUUCAAAAAGAAAAGAACUUCCUCUGUAGUAUACAGCAGCUGAUAAGUACUGGAAGUAAUUUACAAAUCUGUAUAACUUCCAGCGGAGUACCCCUGUAAGUAUCAGCCAGGCCACACAUUGGCCGCCCCAGCUGUGUAUAUGCAAUAAGUACUCUCUUAAAGGGUUUUAUCACGAUAAGAUAUGUUUGGGGAUCUGACUGCCAGAACCCCCACCAGCUUGCAGAAAAAGGGGCUUUAGUGCUAGUCAAUAACAGUUUUUCCUUGCAUAUGAACACUCCUCUUCACCUGCUGUACAAAUAUCUAUAACAUAACCACAUUUACUUUGGUUAUUGGCAUUCAAUGCACCGUGGGUAAGAAAGAGGACCCCUGUGCUGAAAAAAACUGAACAGAGUUUGGUCCCUUUGUCCUCUGCAUCAGGGGAGGUUCAAGAGGUUGGGCCCCCACCAGUUAUAAUUUAUGCCAUAUUCCAGAAAUAUGCCAUAUUAUUAUAAGAUUGGAAUAGCAUUAGUCCUAAAAUUAUUAAAGCACACAUAACCAGUAAAUAACCCAUUCAGUAAAGUCCUUCAUUUGUCCUCUUUCUGUUCUGCCACAUUAAUAAAGCCAUAAGGCUGGGUUCUCAUCACGUUUAACCAAUACGAGACCGCAUACGGCUGGGGGGGAGCUAAAACCUUGCGCCCCCAUAUCCCUGCCAUAUGCGGUCCCGUAUUGGUAAAAAUGUGAUGUAAACCCAUCUUAACACCUCCUGGUGAGAGACCAAGACCAGGGAUGGGAUUGGAUUCCAUCAUGAAGGGAAAGCUGACCCUACUUUGUCAUGAGGGAUUCCAUUCCUGUCCAUACUGAGCCAUAUAUGGCCUUCUGAAUGGUCCCAAAGCUGUUGACCUAAAGCUUCAUGACAACCAAUAUGGCUGCUACUAAAGCUCACAACUGGCUUUUUACUAAGCUUUUUCAGGACUCUGAAUGCUCAGGCUUCUGAACUAUACAGCAAUUUUGAAGUGGAAACAUAUCAAUCAAUAAGUAGAAUGAUUUUCUGGUUAGGAGUCUUCAUAUCCAAUGUGGUUUGACCAAUAUUUUGACAGAAGAGGACAACUGAAGGCUCGCUUACUUGAGAUUGACUAUUUUAUAAGGAAAAUGCUCUUUAAAGAUAAACAUAGCAACACUAAAGUAUCACUUUGUGUCAUGCAGACAUGUCAAAAGGUUUGAUCAGUUGGAAACUUGCUCAGACCACCACCGAGUGCUAGUAAGAGCCGGGAGACAUGCUUAGGGUGCAUUCACACCACGCUUUGUACAUAUGGGUGCCGGUUUCCUGACCGGACCUAAAACCGUAGUAUACUACGGUUUUAGGUCUGGUCCAAAACCGCAUACGGGUCAAAACUGAGCCGACCGCAGUCACCGUUUGACUCCGGUCGGAUCAUUAAAGUAAAUGGAGUCACGGGCUGAUCCGGCCGGGGUACGGGAGCGCCCGGUUUGCCCCUCCCCCCGCCGGAUCCGGCACCCGUAUGUACAAAACGUGGUGUGAAUGCAGCCUUAGCUAAGUUCUUCUCUCUCUAUCUUGCUGAAGGAGAUCAACUCUAUAGUGACCUUAAAAGAGUACUCCACUGGUAUUUUUUUUUUUUUUUAACCAACUGGCUUUAGAUGGUUAAACAGAUUUGCAAAUUACUCU